AUGCCAAAGAUGCCAACAGCCAAACGAGAGAAGGUGACACCAACUAAAGGCCACAAACAACGAAGUGAUGUAAAAAAAGGAAAACCAUCUGCUAAGAGUCACCCCAAAUGGCAAAAAUCACAAGAUCAACAGCAACAGCAUCAAGAGCAACAGAAACAGCAGCAGUCUAGUAAAAACGAGGCUUUGCGUGCAGCUCUUGCUAAUGCAUUUUCUUCUUCUCAUUCCUCUGGUGGGGAUGCUGAUGCUUCUGCUGUGGAAGUGGAUGAGUAUGGGAAGGGUUGCCCAACAGACCGACUGCAAUUUGGUUACGCACCAGCCAUUGCUGCAGAAGCUGUGGCAUUUCACAACACUAUUUCAGCGAAGAAAUGGAUCGAUGAUCGGCGCCGGCAAGGUCGUAUUACAAUUGUAAAGAAACAAAAGCUCACGAGGCCAAAUUGUGAGCCUAUGACAUCAUUACUCAAACUUAAGCAACACUGGCGGAAUACUAAACAGUUUCUCGCAGAGGUACGUGGCAGUGGCAGUAACGUUGCACAGGAUGCAGCAGACGAUCUUCUUGAGAUGCUUGUAUCACAACAACGUGUUGCAUAG